CCGACAGGAAUGCGGCUGUCAGUUGGCACGUCGUUGAAUCGUGCCGUCCCGUUCGCGCAUCGCGAUGUGUUUCCGCAACUAACGCCAUAGUUAGCGAUCUUCUUUUGUCCGUGACCAUUUUGAUCACACAUCGUAAGCAAGAUCUUUUACAGAUCCAUCAGAUAACCCGUGCAUAUACAACUGCAUUGUUUGUAUAUCCAGCAUCUGGAGGACCGCGCAGAGGAUCUAUUGCCUACCGUCGUGUGAAAACACCAGCCACGCCACAUUCGGAACACACUCUGGGAAUACAACUGCCUUGUCCGCGGUGUUAAUACCAGCUAAACAGCAAACGGAAGAACGGUUUAUAGCAUUUGGUUGUUUUUUCUGUUGUGCUACACACACUUGCUUUCGUGACGCCCUCGAAACCACCACCCCCAAUCCAAUCAAAAUGACUGAAAUGGAGGACACUCACUUCGAAACCGCCGAUUCCGGCGCAUCCCAGACGUUCCCGAUGCAGUGUUCCGCGCUGCGUAAAAAUGGUCACGUAAUGUUGAAGGGCCGACCCUGCAAGAUCGUGGAAAUGUCAACUUCCAAGACCGGCAAGCACGGUCACGCUAAAGUCCAUAUGGUUGGAAUUGACAUCUUCACCGGCAAGAAGUAUGAAGAUAUUUGCCCGUCAACACACAACAUGGACGUCCCAAAUGUCAAGCGCGAGGACUAUCAGCUGACAGAUAUUGACGAUGGCUUCCUUGUGCUAAUGAGCGACAACGGCGACCUGCGUGAAGAUCUGAAGAUCCCGGAAGGUGAAUUGGGUACCCAGCUGCGUUCGGAGUUCGAUUCCGGCAAAGAGAUUGUCUGCACCGUCUUGAAAUCAUGUGGCGAAGAGACUGUGAUUGCCAUUAAAAACAACACCUCAGGUGAUAAAAACUAAUACUUCGUUGCCUAUCAAACCUAUCGACGCAAGAGAGGAGAAUCACAAAAGAAGGAAAUAAUCAGCAGCAACAGCAGCAGCCACAACAGUGACAAAACAGUAAUUGGCGGUAGCAGUAGCAACAGCAGCGACAGCAGAAGCAGCAGAAGAAGCAUUUUACAGCACAUACUACUACCACCACUACUACUACAACUACAACUACUACUACUACUACUCCUCUUGCACACAGCAAGAACAUCAAAAUUCGCCACCACCUGCAGCUAGAAUAUAUAAAAAAAAAACAAACAAACAAAAUCAUAUUAGCAUACCAUCGUCUGAGGUUUAAUAAUAAAAACAAAAGAAAGUAUAACCACAACAACAACUACAAGCGAGAGAGGGAAGAGGCGCAGAAAUUGUGAAACAUGAAACAAUGCGGUAACAGUAACAAAAUAUGCAUGAUAAUGAUGGGGCACAACAAGCAAACAGAACAACAACACCGUGCUGCACCGUUGAAAAUAUAACAUCAAAAUACUACACAAAAAAAUGGGGAAGAAAAAAACCAUACGAAAAGAAGAGAAGCAUUAUUUCUUUUUAAGUGCAAAAAUCACAUGACGGAAGAGAGAAAGUAAGAAUGAACGCGCGCGCAAGAUUCGGCCUCGGUGAGUUAUGUGUGGAGCUCGAAAAGGGUGGGGAAAAACGGAGCAGCGGGAAGGAAGCGACUGCAAAGACCCACAACUCUACCUUUAACUGCUCCAUUAAAAUUUGAGAUUUGUUUUUUGGGUAAUAUUGGUGCAACGAUAAUCGAUACCAUGAAUGCAUUUUUUUUCUUAUUAAUUUCAACUAGAUCACAGAGAGAGAGAGAGAGAGAGAGAGAGAGAGAGAGAGAGAGAGAGAGCGAGUGUGUAUUUGAUAGGGCAGGAAUAAUAAACUGCAUCUCCCUCUUUGUUCUCCCCAACCCGCCCCCCAAAAAACAGAGAUAUAAGGCACAAGCACACGGAAAACAAGCAAAAUGAUGUAUUGUUAGAAAGAACUUAAGUCGUACACCAUUAAAAGAGAACACGCGAUCACCACCACCAUGUUGUAAUACUUGAUCUCUCGGCACAGUGCUGGUACACCCGAAUGUGCAAUUUUGAGAUCGAUCGUUAACGUGCCGCACUUUAUACGUACGGGACAUGGUCUUUGUUACACCAUCUAUAGUUGUUCAAGUCAACGAAAACACCUCCGCUGCGGUGGGGAGGUAGAGAUAGUAACAGGAAGUGCAUCUAACGAAAUGCCCGAAAAAGUAGUGAACACUGAAAGUGUGUGUAUGUGUGUGUGUGUGUGAGAGAGAAAGGAAAAUAAUUAAGGGAUGGUACUUGCAGAUGUAAUUACGACGAAUUAUGGAUACGGAAAACGUUUUUUUGUUUCUUUUCUUUUUGAGAUAAAGAUAAGAAGAGAUGGGUUGCGUGUUUUUGUUUUGUCGUCGUCAUUUCUCUUCCAAUUGUGUUAAUACAAACUUUUGUUUUACAUUUUUGGCUUUUCUUUUUUGUAAUCCUUCCUUUUCUUUUUUGUUGGCGUAUUAAGUGUGCUACAAACAAUCAUUUAUAGGUAAAGCAUUUUUUUUUCCACCGUGAUCACCAUACCAACAUUGCGCUUUAAUAAAAAGGCAUUCGAUGUGUGUGUACCUUGUACCAAACACGUGUCGGUUAGCUUUGUGAUGCACUUAUGGCACGAGUCGACGAAGAACGACUGGUGAAGUGCAUACUAAUAUGCAAAUAACCAUGUAUAAUCGAAUUCGAUCACAAUGCGAUCACAAUGAACGUAACUAACACUAAUACCAAAUUGUAGAAGU